CCGAUGCCGAUGGUAGCCUCGCCGCGGACCGUCAGUGACAUUUGAAAGGAGACGCGCCACGAUUUGUCCUCUGCAAUUUCGCUUCUCAGUCCCCACGGAGCUGGUGGAUUGACGAGAGCCACACUGGCUUUACGACUGCACACUUGCAUCUCCUGUUCCACGUGAUACCGCGCCGUCAAUGCCCGUCAAGCGUGUCGCCGUCAUUGGUCUGGGGCCCGGGGGUGCAAUCACCAUCGAUGCGCUUGUGAAAGAGAAGGCGUUCGAUGUGAUCCGUGUCUUCGAGCGCAGAGAAGCUCCAGGCGGGUGCUGGAUCGAGGAUCAACAUGCGCAUCCAAAUCUAGACCCGUCAACAUUCGACUUACUCGCUUCGCGCAAAGCAGAUUUAGCACUGGAAAUUCCAGAAUCCCUGCCUGCAAGAACACCAAAAUUGUCACGGCCUCGCUAUGCUGAAUCAUCCGUGUAUCCGUACUUGGAAACGAAUGUUGACGCCAUACCGAUGUCUUUCUCUCAGGAGCCUAUCCCGACGGAGCGCAGUCAGCUGUCCAUCUCGCGACAUGGUAAGGAAACGCCGUUCCGACACCAUUCGAUAGUGAGAAAUUACAUCGCAGGGCUCGUGGACAGAAACGGGUACGAAAAUUUGGUAUCGUACAAUACCGCCGUUGAGCUUGCCGAGAAAGAUGGCAAGGAAUGGAGAUUAGUGCUUCGCAGAGAAAGCAGCAGUCAAGAAGACGAAUGGUGGGAGGAACGUUUCGAUGCUGUUAUUGUCGCUAGUGGCCAUUACAACGUACCCUACAUUCCGAAAAUCAAAGGGUUGGCAGACUUGGAGAAAGCAAGACCGGGGAGUGUUAAGCACAGCAAAAUGUUCCGCGGACGAGAUGCGUACAGAGGGAAGAAAGUGGUCGUGGUUGGAGCUUCCGUUUCUGCGGCCGACAUCGCAUACGAUCUUGCACAAGUUGCACAACAGCCGGUAUACGCAGUUAUCGAAGGCCACAAAGCAAACGGCUACUUCGGCGAUGUGGCGUUCAAGCACCCAGCAAUCGCGACUAAACCUUCCAUUUCACACGUCUCCACUGCUGACGGCCAGAGGACUGUUCAUUUCAUCGAUGGUACCUCAGUCGCGGAUGUCGAUCACAUCAUUUUUGGUACCGGUUAUUCGUGGUCGCUCUCUUUUCUACCAAAGGUGGAGGUACGAAACAACCGCGUUCCCGGAUUGUAUCAGCACGUUGUAUACCAACAAGAUCACACACUUCUAUUCGUCGGAGCCGUAGGAGCAGGCUUGACGUUCAAAGUGUUCGAGUGGCAGGGCGUGCUAGCUGCGCGCAUUCUGUCAGGUCGUGCCAAGUUACCGCCACUAGAGGAACAGCAACAGUGGGAGAAAGAGCGCAUUGCCAAGCGAGGCGACGGCGGCUUGUUCUUAUUGAUCUUCCCUGAUUUCGAGGAGUAUUUUGAGACAUUGAGGAAGCUUGCGGGUGAACCGAAAGAAGGUGAACCAGGUCGCAAGCUGCCUGCUUUCGAUCGCUCGUGGGAGGAAACAUUCAUGAGAGGACACGAGCUAAGAAAGAAGUGGUGGAGAGAGGAGAACGACAAGGCGCUGUUGUCGCCAGUGGAGAGCACGAAUGGCUGGCUCCCAUCAGCCGGCCAGUCGUCCUUGUUAUUGAAGGCCGAUGUAUCCCACAUAACCUCAUACAUCAACUGUGGCACAUGUACAGGGUGGCUUGCGGGACAUGUAACGUUGACGACCGGAAACGCGGCUGGUCCAUUCAGCGGGUGCACAACAUGCGCACGAUGAUCUGGCGAGUCCAGAUUUGUCCCGUCCCAGCACUGGGGAAAGAUGAUAUUCGAUCUGAUGCCCCCCGCGCACGGCUGUUGUGGGAAAUGGUCCGUGUCGUACUUCGGGUCCAUGCAGGGAGGAUACGGACUGCCGCCCCAGUUCGGCUCUGUAUAGCAGCGAUAGCAUUGCUGCAUGUUCUUGCCGAAUCCUUCGGACGUGCGUCUCAUUGGAUCGCCGGUGAGCAUUCGGAAGCCUGGGCUAAACGCAGUCGUGGCGUUCACAUUCGGCGACGUGUAGUACAACGUGAUUCCUGCGUUAUCGCCCUCGUUGAAUUGGUUCGCAAUCUGUGGCACACGCUUGUAGGUGCCGUUACGUGCUUUGAAGUAGAUGUUUGCUGUCCAGUAAUUGCUAGUCUGACAUCAAUA